UGGAUGUUAAGGAAGAACUCCACCUGAAAGCUAAAGGCGCCUACCCGGUUCCCUUUCUAGGAUGUAGGAUUGGGGGUAAUUUGUGAGGGAGUGGUAGAAAUUGUGGGUACUCUCAGAUGCGGGCAAGCCUGCCUAUAUACACACUGAUACCCAAGAACUCGGGCAACUUCACAGUCCCUUAUACUUUAUGACACACGCACACGUGACGGUCUCUAAGGAUGUCCACUGAGUCAGCUUGGCUUGGCCUGCACGGGGCAUCACUUCCCUGUCCUCACCAGUGGAGGUGACCUGCAGGACUUUGCACUGGUCUUUUACACGCGCAAGCUCAGAACCGGCGGGUGGCCGGGCUGCUAGCACAGGCUCGGAACCGGCGGGUGGCCGGGGCUCCUAGCAACCGGCUGCCAGCCCGGACCGGGGGAGAGAGGAGGUCGCAAUGGACGAGCCAGCCAUCCCCAUCAACCCCUCCGCAGUACCAAGAGAAGACCUGGGGCGUGGAGAGCCACUCGUCUCGACCUCGAAACAGAUCCGGAAGAGUUCAACUCUUGAUAGAGAAGGAUGGUGGAGGGUAACAUUAACGAAUACUCCAAUACCUGGCACUUACCACAUCAAGACUUUUAUUGAAGAGUCCCUAUUAAACCCAGUGAAAGCAACCUACAACUUUAAAAACGAAGGAAGGAAAAGGAUACCGCUAGUGCAGAGAAACGAUCCAGUCCCAACCGACCUCCCGCAUUACAAGCCUCCCGACUUCCUGGAACUGUUGAAGAAGCAGAUGGCCUCCUACUCGUUCAAAGACCGCCCCCGGCCAAACCCCACCACACUGGUUGACAAAGACGAGUCACUCCAGCUUUGCCCAGGACAGUAUGAGAUACUCCCCGCACCUGUUGCCAAGAGUGCUUCCAGGAGCUUCGUAUUUCGUUCUGCGGUUCAAAGAUUCCCACCGAACUAUUUCACACCUGUAAGUAAAAUGUAG